GAAUGGCAAAGAAAAUGGUGCCAGGCACAAAAGUGAAAAGAGGACGAGACUGGCGCUAUGGCAAUGAGGAUGGUGACCCCCCUGGACAGGGGAAGGUGGUGGACCAGUUAUUUGGCCUGAAUGGCCAGGACACAGAGGUCAGUCACAUUAAAGUGAAGUGGGACAAAAGUGGACGAACAGAAAAAUACAGGAUGGGGGCAGACGGCUGCUAUGAUCUGCAGUUGGCAUAAUCAGUAGCCAUUUCAUCAAUCAUGGUUAAUCCUAUAAUGGGUCAAUUAAUGAUAAUAUUAACUUUAAAUUCAAAUGUGAUGUU